CCACUGACAGUGGACAUCCACUAUUACUAUAUACUGGAGCUGUCUUUCUACCUGUCCCUACUCUUCUCCCAGUUCACAGAUAUCAGGAGGAAGGUAGGAUACCAAUUUAGUCAAUUAAUUCAUAUAAUAUAGUUGAUCAAUGUUUGUUUAUCACAUUGCUUGCGCCAUAGAUAUUUGUUUGCAUAUGAUUACACACCCAUUUCAAGGUAAUUCUGUUAAUAAUAAUAAUACAAAAUAAAACUACUAAUAAUUAUUAUUUAUAAUAAAGCCAUUAUUAAAGGGAUAAUCCACUCCAAACCAUUAACAGUGUUAAACAGUGUUAAAUAACACAUAUGUGAUCAAUAUUUAUUUGUGAACAAAUGUUUCAUUUUGUCUUUAUAACAAGGUUGGUAGCAACGUGAAAAUCAUUGUGGAGAUCUGUUGCAGCUCAAGUCGACGACAAAACCCACAAUGCAAUGCUUUCUCUGGGCUGGCUGGCUACACACAAUAAUGCCAAAGUCAAUAUUAGCAUGUGAAGUAGCUAAACAAACUGCACUAUCAAUUUAGGAGUCUAUCUCACCGAGUUCAACUUGCAAUUCUCUGCCCAGAGCGAGUAGAGUACGUUGCUAUGGCAACAACAGCCGUUUCCCACAGACACACAGGGCGCAUUGCGAGAUGGUACUUGAAGGAAAAACUGAGUUGAAUAAUUUGGUACGCUGUUUAGAUUGAGCACAUCUAAGCAAAAUAUAUACAUUGUCAUGACGAUAUAAACAGAUGGAUGUGUUCUAGACGAGAAUGCUCAUACAAUCUAUUAGCUGAUUUGGCAAUCUGGAGUGCAGGUAAUUGUUUGAAAAGCGUUAUGAAAUGUGAUAGUGUGUUAUCCCCUAUCACCAGUGACGAGAACCAUGUAGCUAUGACGAUUUCCUGAUUUCACAGACGGACCACUUAGAAGUUAAAUCAUGGGGAACAUUUUUAUUUUACCCACUGAUAGAACAUAAGCUUUCACCAAAUUGACAGGAGUGUCAUGAUUUUUAUUUAUGGGGUGGAUUAUCCCUUUAAGUCAAAGGGAAAGGCCUCAUAACUGGUGUAGAACAUUCUGAAACCAAAUGUGUUCGUUUUUUUCCUUCGUAGUCAGUUCUAUUGUGCAGCUCCAGCUUUGAUUUACACAGUAGUCAUCUCAGAGUGAAGCCUUAAUUAUUGUUUGUCUGCAUUCAGGCCUCCUCCUAUUGUCUGUUCCAUGAUUUGGUUUUAUUUGAUCUAUGUCCCUAUUUUUUUGCCUGUGCCUUGGUGUGGUGUUUAGUCUCUGCUCUGUGUAAUCACAGGCCUCUGAGAGGAGGAGAUGGAUUAGUGUUUGCUCAUAACUUUUAUGAGUGGAAUUUUCUGGCAGGCAUUCUAAACCGUUUUCCCCUCAUAUUUGUUUUGGAUUGAGUCUUAUUUCAGUGUUCAGUUCCUAGAAUCUGGAGAUUACCUUUCUCCAUUUUAUUUUUUUCAGCGUAAUGUCAUUCCUUGUCCCCACUGAUGAAAACUGUCAUUUUAAGAAUUAAAAAGAUUCAUUGAAAUAUUUCAUAUUGAAUACGAAUUGAGACACAAUAUAUGGUUUCAAGUUAGUGUUGAUAUCUGUGAGUGUGUUUUAUCUGAGGCGAUUUUGUUAGUAGCACAUGGUGGUUAUAUCACCUUCGUAACCUAGCCUAUCGCUCCACUUCAUCCUGAAUGAUGUUUAAACACAGUAAUUGAGGGUCAAACAAACAGCUGUGAUGACAUCAGGCCCAGUUUUGUGACCCACUCACACUUAAUCCCCAGACUAAAGAUAAAUAAUACAUGGAACAUGCACGCACAGCCACUAUGGAAAAGACUGCUGCAGAACUGCUCAUGUGCAGACAGACAUGUGUCUGUUCACACAUUUGAUACACACACGCACACAUGCACUCGUUCUAAUACAUCCCAUAGUCGGGUUGUCAGAUUGAUUUUACAGGUCAGGGCUUCUCCAUGUUUGAGCUGUAAAUAUUGCCUCUGCUUCUGUUCUUUUCAAAGAGCUAUGCUAGGCUAUCUUCUUUAGCACUGUUGAGCGGUGUUAAGAACAAAGGGUAGAAUAUAGGGGGCUGUUAUUGUUUAUGGAGGGCCCACCUUGGCCAUGGUAUUUCCUUUUCUUUAUAACCAGCUCCCCAGUUGAGUUCACAGAAUGUCAUUUUGCAUGCCUCCCAUCUCUUCCUUCUCUCUCUGCCCCACCCUGUCCACUCCACUGCACACCGAACACUCACUCCAUCACUCACAGCUGUCCCAUGAUGCCAUGGUGUUUAUGCCCUCACCUCUCAUCUCCGUGUUGACUGUUGGCAUGUUGUCUGUUUUUGUUUCUCCUUUCAGUUUUUUCAUGCACAAAGCCACGCACUGAGGAGGUCCUCUGCACCCCCUGCCAAUUCCAGUAUGUUCCCUGCACUCUAUUGCAAUGCUUCCAUUCUGUAUUUGCACCUAUGCUCUUCCACCUCCUCUUGCUCUGGGCCGGCUGCUCCGCUGCUGUCCUGCUGUACUGAGCCUCUUCAACCCUGUGGGGCACAAGAGGGCUCUAGCAUGCCAUCCAUAUCCACCCACAGCCACAGCCUCACUCAUCAAGAGAUAUUAACCAGGCUAGACUCAUCUGACCAGACUACACUUUAGCUGUAGUACAUGUAGACUCUCCUCUCUUUUUAGUACAUUUUUUACUAGACUUCAUUAAUUCAUUUGUGAAAAUAAUAACUGCCAAGCCACCAAAGUAGAUGAGAAAGGAAUGUGUUAGCUGCCCUUGAGUCCUGCAUUCAGAGAAACAACAGAAUUGUCAGCACAAAGCAAAAGCAGAUGGGGAGGGAAGUUGAAUUGACAGCAUAUAUGGUCAUUUAUAGAGUUUAGUGUUUACAAUAGGCAAUUUCCUUGUCAGAAUGUCACCCGCACCAUGUCACCAUAGAUGUUCUGCAUAGUGUGCAGCCAGCAAGUGUACAAGGGGCUGAAGAGUCCACUUAUCUACUGUGAGCACAAAGAAUACAGCAGCAGUCAUGUUCUCUGCAUGACGCAGAAGCUUUCAUAAAACCCAUAUGCUGUACAUGUCCCCUUGCUGUGAGUCAAAUGAUAGAGAGCUGUUAAUGCUUUCUCCCUCUGCCAUUGUGUGACAUGACUAUGAUGCCUGUGUCCCCCAGGACUUCCUGAUCAUGUUCCUGCACCACUUGGCGACAAUCUCCCUCAUCACCUUUUCCUAUGUCAACAACAUGGCUAGAGUGGGCACACUGGUCAUGUGUCUCCACGACUCCGCCGACAUCCUGAUGGAGGUGAGUAGAGACAUGGGACUCGUAGAGCGAGGCACGUUCAGAUGUCAUGUAGAACAAACCUGCCUCUCUGGUAUGUAGAAACAUGAAUUUUCUCAUUUCAAUGAAUAACAUUUCUCUCUGCAACGUUCCACAACCUUUGCCUACUGAACGUGGCCCUGAUGUGUGUUCUUCACACCUCAUGGACAUGUGGGAGGGUCCUGUGUUCCUUUUGUAAUUGUUUUAGAAUCACAACCAAGCCAUCACACAGUGAGGUCAAUUAGCACAGUAGCUAUCGGGGAAAUCGGCCAUCUGUAGAUUUCAAUUAUGUACUGCCAAAAACAAUUUCAGUGUAUGAAAAAGAUAGAUACAACAUCCAUCUUUGUUCUUGUAACCAUUUUGCAUGUGAACGUGUGUCUGUGUCAUCUGUUGCAGGCUGCCAAAAUGGCCAACUAUGCCAAGUUUCAGAGACUUUGCAACCUCCUGUUUGUCAUGUUUGCAAUGGUCUUCAUCAGCUCCAGGCUGGGUGUCUAUCCUGUCUGGUAAGGAUGCUUUGUCUCUACAUAGAAUGGGUGCAUCCCAAAUGGCUCCCUAUUCCCUAUGGCCACUGGUCAAAAGUAGUGCACUAUGUAGGGAAUAGGGUGGCAUUUGGGACGCAGCGCAAUGUCUUCUCUGAAAACUACAGCUCAAUUGAAACAAUGGGCUCGAGUGCAUUUUAGAUGCACUUUUGUGCUGCCAGUUGAGACAAACAAUGAUACUGUAUAUCGGAGAAUGUUUGUUUCUGUGUAUAAUCUGUCUCCGAAUACAGGAGGCUUGAAUGUACUGUAGAUCUCAGAAUAUUGACACUUUCCAAAUGGGCUUUGCAAUUUUUCCAGGAAGGUUUUCAUUUUAUACAGGUCUUGGUGAGUUUUGUUGCUUAGUAAUAGUUACUAUGGAUACUACAGCAACAAUAUGGACGUACGUAUCUUCUCCAGUAAAGAGAGAGAGGGGAAUAAGAUGAAAGACGAAUACGGACCAUUAUUUUGAGAUAAUUUAAUGAUGUAAACCAGGGUCAAAUUGACACUGGAUCUAAAAUGGCACAUUAAUUUACACUUUGAACAUCUCAAUUAACUAACUCUUUAUGUUAUCACAGUGCCUGUGUCAGUUGGUAUCAAUGCCAGAAUGUUGUCUUUUACAUAUUGGACUUCCAAUUAGAUGACGAAUUUGGAUUGCACCGGAAUGCAUUUGAUAUGUCAUCAGCGAGGCAUCCUGCCGUUGAUGAGAGAGAAGCAGUAGCAAAUCAGUCAUAGUACAUGAAUACGUGCGCACCAUCUUACUGUGUCAUGUCCUUGUCACACUCUCAGCAGUACCGUCACUGUAAGAAGAGAAAAGGGACGUGAUUUACUAUCCUGCUCUGAGACGACACCCCUUCUUUAUCAACAAAAAUAUAUUUUAUUUUGAGACCACACUCGAGGACAGAGCUGUUUUAGAACCGGAUCAAAAUAUACAAACAACUCUUUAUCGCCAGGGUAGUGGGUUCGAUCCCCGGGACCACCCAUACGUAAAAAUGUAUGCACACAUGACUGUAAGUCGCUUUGGAUAAAAGCGUCUGCUAAAUGGCAUUAUUAUUAUUAUUAUUAUUAUUAUUAUUAUUAUUAUUUAUUCUAAAGAUAUUAAACCUCUACAGUACAGUGCACUGUCUCUAAAGAAAUGUAAAUCCUUUAGAAAUGUCUUGUUCAGAGAUUUCCUCUUGUUAGUAUACUGUCGUGGGUUAUACAGUAUAUCACAGUGCAGGCAGAGUGCACCACAGCAACCAGAAAGGUGGCAUUACUGUAUAGCUGUUGCCAUGGCUUCAGUAUCAGCAGGGUUCAUAUCAUGGACAAUUAUUGGUCCAGCUAUAUCUCUACCUUCACUGAAAUAGCUAAAUAGCUAUCAAGCCAUUCACCAUCAGACAAGUGAAUGAAGGAUUUAACAUGUUCUUUAAAGUAGGUCUAAUAGUGUCUGCAUUAUAUGACAGAUUGACUUCAUACAGUAAAGGUACAAGCGCUGCUUGAGCUUUUCCACACAGUACAGUGUAGCUGUGAGAAGGGAUAAAGGUAUUUGUCUGUCUGUCUGUCUGUCUGUGUCUCCUGGGUGAUAAUUAUCCUUGGCUGUUAAGAGUGAGUCUGUCUGUCUGUCUGUCUGUCUGUGUGAUGUGGAGGAUGGAGAGCAAGCUAGGGCAGCGUUUCCCGAACUCGGUCCUCUGGACCCCAAGAGGAGCACGUUUUGGUUUUUGCCCUAACACUAUCAAAGCUUGAUGAUUAGUUGAUUAUUUGAAUCAGCUGUGUAGUGCUAGGGCAAAAACCAAAACGUGCACCCCUUGGGGUCCCGAGGACCGAGUUUGAGAAACCCUGAGCUAGGGGCUGAAGGCUCCGGACGUUAGCCUAUUAUGUUGUCCCUGAGGGUCUCUCUCAACCACCUGGCCAUGCCUAUUCCUACUCUCUACCUUAGAGCACCGAGAACAUUUACUGUCUUCUCUUCUGUUCACCUAGCAUUCUAAGGGUUGUCUAACAAGUAGCUUAUUUGGUUACAGCUGCCUCAGAUGGGCUUUUCUGGCAUGUACUUUAGUUGACAGGUUUUUUUUUUUUUCAAAGAGAGAGACAUAUUAAAACCAAUAAGUAUUUCCAGUCUGUUACCAAAUUCCCAAUAGAGACGUUGUUGUCUCAUUACUACAUCCUGUCGCUAUGAGCUGCACUGAAUGUGUGUGUAGUGUGGUUUACUUGUCAAAUUAGUUAACUAAUUCUUUAUCUCUCUCUCUCUUUCUCGUAGGAUUUUAAACACUACCUUGUUUGAGAGCUGGGAGAUCGUGGGGCCGUACCCAUCCUGGUGGGUGUUCAACCUGCUGCUAUUCCUGCUGCAGUUCCUGCACUCCUUCUGGUCCUACCUCAUAGUGAAGAUAGCCUGUCGAGCAAUCUCCAGAGGAAAGGUAAGAGACAAAGGAAGAAUCUCAAUUGCAUUUUCUUAAUUUUUUUUCUUCUUUAUUUUUACUAUUUUAUACAUUGUAGAAUAAUAGUGAAGACAUCAAAACUAUGAAAUAACACACAUGGAGUCAUGUAGUAACCAAAAAAGUGUUAAACAAAUUGAGAUUCUUCAAAUAGCCACCCUUUGCAUUGAUGACAGCUUUGCACACUCUUGGCAUUCUCUCAACCAGCUUCACCUGGAAUGCUUUUCCAACAGUCUUGAAGGAGUUCCCACAUAUGCUGAGCACUUUUUGGCUGCUUUUCCUUCACUCUGCGGUCCGACUCAUCCCAAACCAUCUCAAUUUGGUUGAGGUCGGGGGAUUGUGGAGGCCAGGUCAUCUUAUGCAGCAUUCCAUCACUCUCCUUCUUGGUAAAAUAGCCCUUACACAGCCUGGAGGUGUGUUGGGUCAUUGUCCUGUUGAAAAACAAAUGAUAGUCCCACUAAGCCCAAACCAGAUGGGAUGGCGUAUCGCUGCAGAAUGCUGUAGUAGCCAUGCUGGUUAACUGUGCCUUGAAUUCUAAAUAAAUCACAGACAGUGUCACCAGCAAAGCACCCACACACCAUAACACCUCCUCCUCCAUGCUUUACGGUGGGAAAUACACAUGCGGAGAUCAUCCGUUCACCCACACCGCGUCUCACAAAGACACAGUAGUUGGAACCAAAAAUCUCAAAUUUGGACUCCAAAUGUCCAUUGCUCGUGUUUCUUGGCCAAAGCAAGUCUCUUCUUCUUAUUGGUGUCCUUUAGUAGUGGUUUCUUUGCAGCAAUUAGACCAUGAAGGCCUGAUUCACACAGUCUCCUCUGAACAGUUGAUGUUGAGAUGUGUUUGUUACUUGAACUCUGAAUCAUUUAUUUGGCCUGCAAUUUCUGAGGCUGGUAACUCUAAUGAACUUAUCCUCUGCAGCAGAGGUAACUCUGGGUCUUCCAUUCCUGUGGCGGUCCUCAUGAGACCCAGUUUCAUCAUAGCGCUUGAUGGUUUUUGCGAAUUUUCCGUAUUGACUUAACGUCAUGUCUUAAAGUAAUGAUGGACUGUCGUUUCUCUUUGCUUAUUUGAGCUGUUCUUGCCAUAACAUGGACUUGGUCUUUUACCAAAUAGGGCUAUCUUUUGUAUACCACCCCUACCUUGUCACAACACAACUGAUUGGCUCAAAUGCAUUAAGAAGGAAAGAAAUUCCACAAAUUCACUUUUAAGAAGACACACCUGUUAAUUGAAAUACAUUCCAGGUGACUACCUAAUGAAGCUGGUUGAGAGAAUGCCAAGAGUGUGCAAAGCUGUCAUCAAGGCAAAGGGUGGCUAUUUGAAAAAUCUCAAAUAUAAAAUAUAUUUUGAUUUGUUUAACACUUUUCUGGUUACUACAUGAUUCCAUAUGUGUUAUUUCAUAGUUUUGAUGUCUUCACUAUUAUGCUACAAUUAUAUAAAAAUAAAGAAAAACCCUUGAAUGAGUAGGUGUGUCCAAACGUUUGACCGGUAGUGUAGUUAGAAAAUAAUUCCCAUUAUGUAUGUAGUUAGAAUUUAGUAACACCAUGUUACCUUUUGUAAUUGUAAAUGCAAAGCAUAGCAUUGGGGAAUCUUAGCAUUCAAGCUCACCAUACAUGUACUGUAUUACAGGAGCUAUUCACUAAAGAGCCUGUUUUGUUGUCAAUAACCUUAAUUGAUUUUACUACUCUAUCCCUUAUGCUAACCUUUCAACCUUCAAGACAGGGAAGUGGAAUCCUUUACAUGUAAGUAGUUGGAACAGAAGGAGAAUAAACGUAUUUGUGUAUUGUCACAUGCCGUCUCACUACCAAGUCACAAUCACAGAUUGUUCUGACACGACAUCCCUUGUGUUUUUAUUUACAUUUUCAUCUUAUUUGUAAAAUGGGGAAACCAGUUGUAAAAUGAAGAAACCAAUAGCGAUGGCCAACUGCUUGUACUUCCUCUGUCAUGACAUCAGAUGGUAUAUGAGCUGUUCUGACAGCGCAUGCACAUCUCCACAGGUGUCGAAAGACGACCGCAGUGACAUUGAGUCCAGCUCUGACGAGGACAACGGUCCUCCGCCAGCUCCUGUUCAGAAGCACCACAACAGCACCACCAACGGGACCAAUAAAGCACACAGGACCAAUGGGUAUCAGUCAGCAGGGGCCCUUGGUCCAGAGGAACACUAA